UAGAUUUGCCUUUUUAUGCUAUCUCAACGCUAUCCAGCUGUUAAGCCUCAAACCCUAAAUUUCGCAUCUACUCUUCCUAUCUUAUAUAUGUCUUCCUAUUUUUCAUCUUCUUCCUCUUCAUCAAUGAACUUUGGAGAUAGAUCAAUCACCAUGGAUUUGGUUCAAUCAUCUGAUCAUCUUUGCUAUGUCCGGUGCAACUUCUGCAACACUGUUCUUGCGGUUGGGAUUCCAUUCAAGAGAUUGUUAGACACUGUCACAGUGAAAUGUGGACAUUGCAGCAACCUCUCCUUUCUUAGCACCAGACCUCCACUUCAAGGACAAUGUUUUGAUCAUCAAACAAGUCAUGUCCAGGUUUUCUGCAGUGAAGCUAAGAAGGCACAAUCUUCAUCAUCUUCCUCGUCCACAUCCAGUGAACCCUUGUCCCCGAAAGUCCCAUUUGUUGUGAAACCACCUGAGAAGAAGCAUAGGCUUCCAUCAGCCUACAAUAGGUUUAUGAAGGAAGAGAUACAGCGCAUCAAAGCAGCCAAUCCAGAGAUACCUCAUCGAGAGGCUUUCAGUGCAGCCGCAAAAAAUUGGGCUAGGUACAUUCCAAACACACCAGGGUCCGUUUCCAGCAGCAGCAACAACAACGUUUAAUGAUGUGGAAAUAAUGCAAAAACCAUCAUAUCGACCCCGAAGAUUAGAAGUGAUUUGAGGAGGCAAUUAGAUCACUGAAUUAGUUUACUUUCUGUUCUCAAACUUUUAUCAUGUAACUUUAUGUUAUGCGGAAGAUAAUGGAGAUGGGACUCAUAUGUAAUAUUAUUAUCUAGUA